CUUCAUUCGUACUCGAGCCACUCUCGCUAGAAUGGUUCGCGCGCUCCUAGAUGGCCAAAGCCACAAGGCUGUUUCUGCUGAGAAAAUGCGUAGAAGUCCAACACCAUUCUUCGCUGUCCACAACCAAACUGAGAAUUCAACUGAAGUUGCCGUGGGUGAACCAUAUUCACCAAGCGAGAUGAAGCCGCUUAUAUUUGCAAUUGGAAGAUGCUGCCGUGCUUCAAUGACUGUCAAGAAUGAUGUUGUCCAUAGCUUCCAACUAUGUAACAAUUGCCUAUGCCGCAACGAUACGCUAGGACUACUGGAAAGUUUCCCACAUCAUCUAUCUGGAGGGAUUGAAAACCGUAUUGUAAGUAGAUUUGCUUAA